UGGCGGGAGCAGGCGGCAGCGGCGCCGCGGCCCCAAGCCUGCCUUGAGACCCGGCGCGGCCGGUACCCGGGACGGGACCCGGACGGGGAGGAAGUAGGGAGGAGGCCGCGCUGAAGCCAGGCGGCGAGCUCCGAGGCCCAGCGGCCUGGGCCGCGUCACCGCAGCCACAUGGCCUCCGGAGUGGGCGCGGCCUUCGAGGAGCUGCCGCACGACGGCACGUGUGACGAGUGCGAGCCGGACGAGGCUCCGGGGGCCGAGGAAGUGUGCCGAGAGUGCGCCUUCUGCUACUGCCACCGCCACGCCGAGGCGCACAGGCAGAAGUUCCCCAGCCAUCACCUGGCCCAGUACGUCCACGGCGCCGCCCAGGCCUGGACCGCCGGAGCCCCGGGGCAGGGCGACGCCAAGGAAGAAGCCGAGGCCAAGGUGGAGAAUGAGCGGGACCUAGAGAGCGAGGUGGGGGAGGAGAGCGAGUCCGAGGAAGACAGUGAAUCCGAAGAAGAGAGCGAGACGGAGGAAGAGAGCGAGGAUGAGAGCGAGGAUGAGAGUGAAGAGGACAGUGAGGAAGAAAUGGAGGAUGAGCAAGAGAGCGAAGCAGAGGAAGACAACCAAGAAGGAGAAUCCGAGGCUGAGGGAGAAACGGAGGCAGAAAGUGAAUUUGACCCAGAAAUAGAAAUGGAAGCGGAGAGAGUGGCCAAGAGGAAGUGUCCGGACCAUGGGCUCGAUUUGAGCACCUAUUGCCAGGAAGAUAAGCAACUCAUCUGUGUCCUGUGCCCUGUCAUUGGGACUCACCAGGGCCACCAGCUCUCCACCCUAGACGAAGCCUUCGAAGAACUAAGAAGCAAAGACUCAGGUGGACUGAAGGCGGCUAUGAUAGAGUUGGUGGAAAGGUUGAAGUUCAAGAGCUCAGAUCCUAAAGGUGACGAGGAAGGACCCAGCCUUGCAGUAAACCUGGAGUUUGGUUUCCUUACUUUUGCUGUCAUGCUGCUCAGUGAGAACAGGCUCUAG